AGAAGAUAGGAAAUUUAAAAGGACAGCGAACAAGAAAUAAUCAAAUUUGCAGGGAAAAGAUAUUAUUAGGAAUUUAAAAAGAAGAAGAAUUUUAUUCUUAUAAAUAAAAUAAUUGAGAAAAAGCAUAUUUGCUUUAUAGGUAGAAAGAAGAACAUAAAAUAUAUUUAGCAAAAAAGCGAAAAAAUAUUUUUUAAAUAAUAAAAUAUAUUUAGAAAGAAAACUAGGAAAGAAAAUUAGAUGGGAUUAGUUUCGAAAGCAGUUUUGUUUGGCUCGUUGCUGAGAUUCGGGUUGUUAUUUAUCGCUGAAUUUCAAGAUUAUUAUUAUAAUUUGAAAUAUACUGAUUUAGAUUAUUCUGUAUACACUGAUGCAGCAAAAUAUGUUCUUUAAGGUGGUACUCCUUAUGACCGUCACACUUAUAGAUAUACUCCAAUAUUAGCAUAUAUGAUGAUCCCAUGCGAGUGGUAUUAUAAGAAUUUUGGAAAAUGCUUGUUCAUUAUUUUUGAUAUUUUGGCUGGCUACUUAAUUGAAAAGAUAUUAAAAACAUCCACAAAUUUGAACGACGGCACAAUCAACAAGUUGACUUGUAUUUGGUUCUUUAAUCCAAUCAUUUUUAACGUCUCCACCAGAGGCAAUGCAGAUACAAUGAUUUCCUAUUUGGUUUUAGUCACUGUUUAUUUGCUUUUGAAGAAAAGAUACGUUUUAGCCGCUAUAGCUUUUGGCUUAUCAGUUCAUUUUAAGAUAUAUCCUAUUAUUUAUGCUCUUCCAAUGUAUCUUUACAUAGAUCAUGAAAAGUCAAGAGGUAUUUUUGACAUGAAGAAUUUCUUCACUAAGAAUAGAAUUGUUUUUACUUUGAUAAGUGCUUCUGUUUUCAUCCUUUCUGUUGCUUAUUUCUACUAAAAGUAUGGCUGGAUAUUCUUAUAUGAAACUUAUCUCUACCACUUUAUCCGUAAAGACAAUCGUCAUAAUUUCUCAGUUUACUUCUAUUACAUCUAUCUAAACUUUGAAGGUGUUUCUAAGAUUUAAGCUGCAUUGGCCUUUAUCCCAUAGUUCUUCUUGGUUUUCUUAGCAGGCUUUAAGUUUUACAAGGAUUUGCCAUUCUGUUUAUUCAUCCAAACUUUCAUGUUUGUUAUAUUUAAUAAAGUAUGCACUGCCUAGUACUUUAUUUGGUACAUGAGUUUAAUGCCUAUUGUCUUAGCAAACAACGACCUCUAUCUUAAGAAAAAGGGCAAAUUGCUUUUAAUCUGGGUUCUUUGGUUUAUUAGCGAACUCUUGUGGAAUUUGGGUUCUUACUUUUUGGAAUUGAAAGGAGAAAACGUGUUUUUCGAAAUUUGGUUGAGCUCCAUUCUAUUCUUCUUCAUGAAUACUGUCAUUGGUUAUUCCUUCUUAAGCAAUCACCAUCUAACUGUCUUUGAACAAAAGCCAAAGCAAAUUAAUUAGGAAUCAAAAUCAGCUAUCACUGAUAAGAAGAAAUAAAAUUGA